AUGAAGGCCGCAAAUCCGCAGCAGCUCUACAUUUGCCUGUCUCGUAUGCAUCACAUCGUCAAUCCAAAGAAGUUCCGUCGUCUAAGACGAGAAGCUGAAGCUAACGACGUGUUCGGUCUUACAGGAUAUCCCGGUGUUGUUAUCGUAGAAGGGUCACAACGCGGCGUGGAGGGAUUUCUCAGAGGCGCAAGAGGCCUUCGUUACUUAGAAUUCCACCACCUCUCAACAGAACCUGCAUUCCCUCGCGUAACAUCUCGACCCUCCCUGGCCGACUCCUCUGGAACAGAUAUGACAUCUACACCCAGGAUUAUGGCUGAUCUAAUUCCAGGGGCUAGGUCCGGGCUUCACGAAGUGGCAAGUAUGAAGGAGAUGGUGGAGUCAAUGGAUACUAUCGGGAGGAAAGCCUGGUUCAGGGAGGCUAUGGGCAUGAGUGGGAGUUGA